UGCAGGAGCAGCGGCUGCUGUCGCUGAGCAGCGCCGGCGCCGGUCUGUGCGGUGGAGGGGCGCGACGCCCUGUGCUUCCCGGCCGCCCGGGGCAGCCGUGGCUGAGGGCGGGCGGAGCGGCGCGCAGGCGGGCCGGGUGCCGGGCAGCUCCGGCCUGCGCAGGCGGCGGCCGAGGGACCCCGUGCUGCGGGACUCGGACGGGAGUGCUGGUUCCGCUGAACCCCCGACUCGUUCCCCAUCAGAGUGUCUCCAGGCCUGUGUGCUGUGGUGGCGCUGCCCGCCCGGCCCGGCGGGCCGUGCGCUCUGCGCGGGCGAGUCCCGGCCGCCCGCGUUUGUUGGAUCCCUCUGGUCGCCGGAUGGCGCGGCCGGUUUGCGUGUUCGCUCUGAAGCUGCUGUCACCUUUUCGGCGCCUGCCAGCUGCAUCGGACUCCUCUACUGAGAUCUGUUAUAUGAGGCGUUUUUGGCAACCAAUCUGUAUGUGUGGUACCAAUGGAAUAUAGUAUGUGGACUUGCUCUAAAAGUGCUGCUGCUGAAGACCUGCUUGCAAAUUUACAGUCAUUACAGAAUCAGCUGAGGAGAACUGAAAAAGACCUACAAACUGUAGAGGAAGAGCUUUCCAGCACGAGUACAAGCGAACAUUAUGGUCACUGCUUUGAUGAGGCCGUAGACUUGACUCUGGAGGACCUUGCUCAGCCUAAUUGCAGCUAUCAAGGCAUUUCCAACUGUAAGAAGAAUGCUGCGAAAACAUCUUGCCAAGAUUUUCAAAGAAAAUCCAAAUUUUACCCAGUGUCCACAACUCCUGAGAAAAUUGCGGAAGAAAAUGAAUGUCUUAAGGAGAAGCUGAAUGCCCUUCAUCAGCAAAAUGCGUAUUUGGCUUCUCAGAAUCGCUACCUAAAGAACAGAGCGGAAACAGUGAAUGUUGAAUUGAUGCAGUCAAAAACAAGAAUUUCUUAUCUUGAAUCGACUGUAGGUACACAUUUAGUCAGCAUUCCAAAGUUAAAAGAACAGAUUAUAAACUUGGAAGCAGAAGUUUCAACUCAAGAUAAAAUUCUGAGAGAUGCAGAAGAUAAACUAGAUCAAAGCCGGAAAAUAGAAAUGGAAAAAGAAAACAUCCUGCAAAGAUAUAAAAAGGACUAUAAAAAUCUGAAAAUUGAGUUAAUGGAACGAAGCAAACAAGGAAAGAGAGCAGAACAGCAAAGAAAUGAAGCUUUGUUGAAUGCAGAGGAGCUGACAAGAGCUUUCAAAAAGUUUAAAGAGAAAGCAACCGAAAAAAUAGAAAAAGUUAAAGCUGAAGAAGUACUCCUAAGAAAACGUUUAAUAAAUUGUGAAAAAGAAAAAGAUAAGUUGAAUGAGAAGUGUGUCAGCUACAGAAAGGAUCUAGAGAGCCUAGAAGAGCAAUUAAGGCAAUUAAAGGAAGAGAAUCAUAGCACAAAAGAAGAAAUUAGAACUCUAGAGGCAAAGAACAGUGAAAUGGUAUCAAUGCUGACUUGGUCUGAUGAGAAGAUCAUUGAGCUUGAGAGUGAACUUGGUGAAAAAGAAAUCGUACUUAAAGAAAAAAAUGCUCUAAUAAGUGAAAAUGCAGAGCUGAAAGCACUUACUGCACAGCAGCAUAACUGCUUGAAAUUAUGCCAUCAAGAAAUUGAGGAUUCAAGAGAAGAGCUCAACAUACUAGAAACCAUUAUUUCCCAGUUGUCUCAAAGUACAUCUGAAGAGUUUAAAUGGCACCACUUGAAACACCAGCUAUCCAGUUCCUCAACAGAAGAAGCUCUCUCUGAAUCUUGUGAAUCAAGCAUUAAGCUGGCAAUGAAAGAAGAAGAAAUUCAAAAGCCUCGUGCAAACUUAACUGUCUGUAAUGGUGCUGAGCAUCUUUCUAAUGAUAAUGAAGGACAAGAAAAUAGUGGGUUAUGUGGCCUGGAAGCAGAUCUUGUCAAAUUGAUCAGAAGCCAAGGAGAGAGAAGAAAUUGUCAACAGUUGGAACUUAUCAGCAAACAAUUUGAAAAGGAGAGGCAAAGAUUCCAGAAAGAAAUAGAAGAGUUACACACUAAACUGACAAAAGCAGAUGAUGAGAACUCUUCUUUGAAGACCAGCAUGGCUCAGAGAGCCAGUCAGUUUCAAAUCAUACAGGAAGACUUAUUGAAGAAGGCUUCAAAAGCUAAUAGCUUAGAGAGAGAAAUAACAAAGAAAUCUUCUCAACUUUCUGCACGUGAGAAACAAUUGGAAGAAAAGACUAUUGCUUAUUCUGCUGCUGCAGCAAGAAAUACUGAGUUGGAACAGGAACUCAUGGUUAAAAACAGACGCAUUCAUGAGCUGGAAACAACUAUCAGUGAAGAACAUAAGCAAAUAACUUCUGCUUUUGAAAAAGAAAAGUUGGUUCAUCGUGAGCAGCACAAAGAGAUGGAGAAACAGAUUGAAAUGCUUCAGAUACAGCUAGAGAAGAAGCAUCAACAAUUCAUUGAACAAGAGAAAAUAAUAUCUAUUUUGCAACAAGAUGUUAUACAUAAACAGCAUCGCAUUGAAUCACUGGAUAGGCUGCUGAUAGAAAGCAGAGAGGAAAUGGAAAAUCAAAAUAUCAAGAAAGAUCAAGGAUUGAAGGUACUGAAAAGUCAGUUAACAGAAGAAAGAAUCAAAGUGGGACAACUUGAGUCAGCCCUAGACAUGUGUAAGGAAGAAGUUGCACUGUAUUUGAGUCAGUCACAAGAAAAUAAGGAGAUAUUCGAAAAUCAGCUCAAAAAAAAGUCUGAAGAGGUUCAUUAUUUACAGAAAGAAAUAAAACUAAAAGAUCAGAACAUUCAGGGUACAAGUGAACAAAAUAUUCGCCUACAACAAACUUUGCAUCAUCAGCAGCAAAUGUUGCAGCAAGAAACUAUUAGAAACGGGGAGCUGGAAGAUGUUCAAAUUAAACUUGAAAAACAGGUAUCCCAUUUGGAACAAGAGCUUCAGAAGCAGAAAGCGUAUGGAGAAGAUGAGCUGAGAAAGGCAGAGGAGAAACUUCGCUUGGCUGCUCAGGAAGCAGAUGUAAACAGACAGAAAGUGGAUGAACUUAAUGGUACAGUCAGACAAAUUAAAUUGGAGAUGAAUCAGUGCAAGAAUGUGCUUACUGAUAUGGAAAAAAAAGUAGCGCAAUUAAAACAAGACUGUGAAGACAAAGCAAUGCAGAUAAAUCAGUUGGAUAUUACCUUGGAAGAAGCACGAUCAGAGCUCAAUGAAAAGGCAAACAAAGUGAAUGAUUUAGAAGAUAAGCUGCUUCAAAGUGAGACUUGCCAUAGGGAAGCCUUACAGAAAACAGCAGAACUAGAAUCUGCAUUACAGAAUGCCCAUGGAGAAUUAAAAGUUGCUUUAGCACAGCUUCAGGAAUUGCAAGAUACAUUACAGAAUGCACAGUCCUCUCUGGAGGAGAAGCAUGUUGCUAUUAGGGAUCUAACAACUGAGCUCAGGUAUUGCAAGGGAGAAAUUGAAGACAAAAACCAAGAAAUCCUUGACAUGGACCAAGCAUUAAAAGAAAGGAACUGGGAACUGAAACAAAGAGCAGCUCAGAUUACACAGUUGGAUAUGACGGUUCGUGAACAUAGGGGAGAAAUGCAACAACAAAUAAUUAGAUUAGAGUGCAAUUUAGAGAAGUCAGAGUUAGAAAUUAAGGAAUGCAACAAACAGAUUCAGAUCUUAGAGAAGAAACUUCAGCACUCUAAAGAUGAGCUUCGUGAAAAAGAGUUUGAGUUGCUCCAGAGAGAUCAAGAAAUAAAUCAGCUGAAGAAGAGAAUAGAAAGAAAACAACAGAGCCCAGGAGCUCUUGAAAACGUAAAAUGUUCCUUGGAUACAGAAAUUAUCAAUUUUUAAUGCCAUUACUGUAACUGUCUAGAAGGAACAACACUGUGUCUCUAGAAUAGAUGUCAUUACUUCUCCCCAUGUAAUUCUAUUUUAUAUCCUGGUGUUUGCUGAAUCUUAAUCCCAUAAAGGUAAACCAGUUUAACGAUUUAAAAAUUACAGUUUUAAUGGCACACUCUUAACUGUUUGCUUUAUGGAGAAAUUUGAAUAUAGAUUAUCUUUAGUAACCUGAUGUUCUGGCUAUGAACAUGGUCUUCCUUGAAAUAAAUGAAAUGAAAUGAAAUGAAACAAUACGCUGUAUGAUGCGAUACAGUAAAUUGAGUGCAGAAGUUUAAAGAAAGGUUCUGAUCACAGGUAUUUUGUUUCAGGGGCAAGAACUGUGAAGGGAGGAAGGAAUGUUUGCCAUUGGAUAAGCAGCAACCCAGGAAUGCUGUUGCUGGCAACGUAAUUGUGCAUUCAAAGAGGAAAUUUUUUUAUUGUAUUUGUAAAUAAUACGGGGGUUUUGUACUGACACAAAUGACAACCUUUUUAUUUUUCCAACUGUUUUUGAGCAUAUCAUCUUGCUAUAACAACAUAAUUUAUUUUUGAGAAAUAAAUUUUAUUUUUUAAGUA